UCCACAAUUAAAAGAGUUUUUCAUCAUAUCUGCAUUCCGGCCUCUGCGUUUGGGUACACUCCUGCUUCCCCGAGUCUGACAAAAGGGGAAAUUUUUUCUUGUCACAUGUAUGAUUUGAAACCAGUGGCUGUUCACCUUUGCGGUUGAUACUUAAGGAACUAUUCCCAGUUCACUGAGAUUUUACAGAUAUUUUCAGGAAGGACUCUGGUGUGUUCACAGCCUUUGUGCAGGGUUCAGCGAGAGAAAGGUGAUGUCACAUACUUCUACGAAUUCAGCAAUAUUUUAAUCCAACUCUGAUGAUAGUUGAGGAGGUGUAUUGCCAUCACUGACAGGUACCACACACUUGUCUUAACAAAUCAGAUUUUCCUUUUCAGUUCAAGAGAAAUGGCUACAAAUAAAGAUUUUACAGUCACUGCUACUACAAGCGCCAUCUACCCUGACAUACCCACAAACUAUUAUGAUGAUAACUAUGAAGAUGAAAUGUGCGACGCAACAAGCAUCAUGGAGUUUGGAGCAAUCUUCUGUCCGGUGUUCUUCUCCAUUGUGGUGAUCCUCAGUCUGGUCGGCAACAUCUUGGUCAUUGUGAUUUUGGCCAAGUAUGAGAAUCUUAAAUCCCUCAACAAUGCUUUCAUCCUGAACCUGGCUGUGUCAGAUCUCAUCUUCACCGCAGGUCUGCCCUUUUGGGUCUACUACUACAUGAUGAACGAAUGGACUUUAGGGGAGCCUGCAUGCAAAAUAGUCGCCUUUGUCUUCUACAUUGGGUACAACAGCAGUUGUAUCCUCCUCAUCCUGAUGACUGCUCACCGUUAUGUAGCUGUCAUGAAUCCUCUGUCUAACAUUGUGUCUACCAAAGGCUUCUACAGUGUCCUAGCAUCUGUCAUCGUUUGGGCAGUGAGUAUCUUGGUUGCCAGUCCAGCCUCCAUCUUUACCAAUGACCUGAACCAGAAUCACUGUCAAUCAUGGCAUCCGUUGGUAAUCUAUGGGCAAAAUACUCUCUUUAUAGUGAGUUCAGUGGUAUUCAUUUUUUGCUAUUCUCAGAUUUUGUGCAGGCUGCUGCGUCCUACUGCCCAAAGAAGAAGGAACAAAACCCUAAAACUCAUUUUUACUCUCGUGGUCGUUUUCUUUGUAAGCUGGGCGCCUUUCAAUAUAGCAACAUUUCUAUACUCAUUGUAUUGGUGGCAACAACCACCUAUCACUAACAGCUGUGAUAACUACAAAGCACUGCAGUAUGCCCUUUAUAUUGGCAGAAUUUUUGCCUACUCACACUGCUGCCUUAACCCUGUGUUUUAUGUGUUUGUCGGGAUUAAAUUUAAAAACCACUUGAAGGAAAUGCUGAAGAGCUGGGGUCGCAAAAACACCAGCUUCCACAAUAGACAAAGCCGACUCACAAUCACAUCUCUAACUAGUGGUGAAGAGUUCUCCAUGUAGUUGAUGUAGAGAGCCGAAGUACAGCCUGAACUUCUGGGUUCUGUUACAGAAGAAGGAAAACCAUUUAAAGGACCAGUGUGUAAGAUUUAGUGGCAUCUAGUGGUGAGGUUGCAGAUUGCAAUUAAUUGAAUACCCCUGCCCUCACCCUCCCCUUCGGUGGCUGAGAAACUCGCAAAAAACUCCCCUCUAGACCCAGUGUUUGGUUUGUCAGUUCUGGGAUACUGUAGAAACAUGGUGGUGCAAUAUGGCAGGCUCUGUGAAAGAGGACCCGCUAUGUAGACCCCUAUGUGGAUAUAAAGGGCUCAUUCUAAGGUAA